AUGUCAUCAAUGUUGGGUAAUAAUAUUGUUCCACCUGGUAUUUUACCACCAUUAGAUCAUUAUCGGUUACAAUUAUAUAACUAUGCGAUGGUUGAACGUUUAAGAAAUUCUCAUCAUCAACAUCAACAACAUCAGCAACAAGCAGCAGCAGCAGCUGCUGCAGCGGCAAUAUCAUCAUCUUCUAUAACUUCAUCAUCUCAAUUAUCAUCGACAAACAUUAUCGGACAAUCAAUCAAUAAUAAUAACAACAAUACCAGUAUUGUUAGUAAUAAUAAUGGUAUAAACAAUAACCCUAAUAAUAAGAAUACUAUUAUAUGUAAUAAUAAUAAUAAUAAUUUAACACUAAAUCCAUAUAAUCAUCAUCACCAUCAUUUAACUGUACCAACGUCUUCAUCAUCAUCAGCAGCAGCAGCUGCAGCAGCUGCUGCUGCCGCAGCUCUCAAUCCUUAUGGUUCAAGAUUUGCAUUAUCGAUGUCAUUAUUUCAUAAUCGUGUUUUUCAACCAGAAGAACCAAAACCUCAGCAUAGUUACAUUGGUUUGAUUGCAAUGGCGAUAUUAAGUUCACCAGAAACAAAGUUAGUUUUAUCCGAUAUUUAUCAACAUAUAUUAGACAAUUACCCAUAUUUUCGAAGCCGUGGCCCUGGUUGGCGAAACUCAAUUCGUCACAAUCUCAGUUUAAAUGAUUGUUUUAUAAAGGCUGGACGUAGUGCUAAUGGUAAAGGACAUUAUUGGGCAAUACAUCCAGCUAAUAUUGAUGAUUUUAAAAAGGGUGAUUUCCGACGUCGCAAAGCACAACGUAAAGUAAGGAAACACAUGGGCUUAGCUGUUGAUGAUGAGGGUACAGAUUCACCAAGCCCACCACCAUUAGCUGUAACACCACCUGGUUUUCAAGCAGUUGCUGCUGCUGCAGCAGCUGCACAUGCUGGCCUUAUUGCCAAUUCAACAGCUUUUUGUCCCCAAUCAUGGGCACAAGCUGCAGCUCAAGCGGUUGCAAUGAGUAAUAAUCCAUCAACUGUAUUAUCUGUAAAUAGUUUAUAUGCAACUGUGACAACAGGACAAUCUCAAUUAAAUACAACAACAUUAUCUUCAAGGAAAAGGCAGUUUGAUGUUGCAUCACUAUUAGCGCCAGAUGAUGAUAAUAGCAACAAUUGUUGUUUACAAAAUAAUAGUAUUAAUAAUAAUAAUGAUACAAAUAUAUCAAGAUUAGGAUUUAUAAGAAAUAAUAAUUAUCAUAAUCACCACAAUCAUCAUAAUCAUACUCAUCAUCAGUUACAACAUAAUCAACAUCAGAUACAGCAACAAAUUCAACAAUAUGAUAAUAAUAGUAAUAGACAAAAUUUAUUACCGUCCCCAGCAGCGGUUGCAGUAACAUCAGCUGCUGUUGCAGCUUCUGCCUUACAAAAUUUAACAUCAUCAGCUGCUGCUGCUGCUGCUGCAGCAGCUGCAUCAGUAUUUCAUCAUAAACAACAAAACGAAAAUAAUGGUAAUAAUAAUAUUGUACAUCUUCAUCACAAUUCACAUCAUGUUCCAUUUGGUAUUAAAAGAUUGGCUUUAAAUAAUUCCAGUGACAUUGAUGAAGAUAUUGAUGUUGUAGCUAUAGGAAUAUGA